AUGGGGUUUCUAAAGUUGUCCGCACACGCGGUCCUCUUUCUCAAUCUGUACCUUGCUCAGUUUAUUGAUGCGAGAGCCUGUGAUGGCACACAGGGAAUAACGCUGAAAAGCAACCAGGUGGUCAUCAAGGGUGCCCCCCAAUGUCCUGAAAACGACGGCGAUAUUAUCGAGACCAGUGAUGGUGGCUACUACAACUUCCAGUGUUGUAUGCAUCAGUCUACGGGAUCGAACUUCCUCAAAAAUGUUCAGACGACGGGGUAUGAUGAUUGCAUCAACCAAUGCACCUUGACAGAUAAUUGCCAAGCGUUCCGCUAUGUCUUUGAUGACUUCAACGUCGAAAAGGCUGGGGAUUGCAAACUGUUUGGAAGUGGCACUUUCUCAGACUCAAAGUGCGGAAACACACUACACGACUGGGCCUACCUGACCGAUCCUCCGGUGGUCGAGGUCGAGGAGAAUGUGCGAGUAGCAUGCUCAACUGAGUGCCCAGAUGCAGAUGGUCAAAUCUACACUGCCAAAAACAAACAGGUGUUCCACUUGGAUUGCCAGAAGCGCCAUGGGACGGCUUGGUUCCACAAGCUGGAUGCUAACUCCCUGAAAGAAUGCACGGAGUCCUGCGCCUCGUUCAUCGGAUGCCAGAGUGUCGAUUACCACAAGCGCACCAAGAAGUGCUACCUCGGCAAGCGUACCUCAAAGCCCACUCUCGACGCCCCCGGAUGGGCAACCGCUUAUUCUCUUGGUUGCUCGGGAGGGUGCACUCAGGACUCCUGUGGUAAUACAUGUGAUUCAACUCCUCCUCCGGCCAAUAUUACCCCUACACCGGAACAGGAUCAAGAACCAAUUAUCCCAGCCAACCCUUCCCCACCUCCUCCCCCUAGGGAGGUAAAGUGCAGCGAUGACAACAACUCAGAGGUUGAGAUAGAUGGCACAAAGUACCAGAUUCGUUGUGACAAGCAAUACCGUGACAACAGCCGGCACGCUGCAUCUGGUAUAUCCUACACUGAAUGCCUGAAGCUGUGCAGCGCAGACUCGACCUGCAACUCGGUUGAUUACUGGGAUCCUAGUGGUGGACAAUCCUGCUAUCUUUUUAGCGGCACUGGAGAACCACCUUACUCAACUAAUUUGAACUGGGCCGCCUUCAAGGUUUGA